CUCAGCUGAUGCGCGUAUCAACCGACCGACUCCAUCAUCAGCAUCCGACGCUGACAGCGGUCGAAGGCAGCAUCCCUGAUAUCACCGAGCCUCGGUAACAUCGCAGAAUCACAGAGAUCCGGGCCGAGCAGGACUGACGCCGCUGUCUUGUGACAUUAUUGUUUAUUGAGGCUGCCAUCUUACACACCACCGAGCUGCAAAAUAGUGAGUAGCCUUUGAUGAUGGACCGCCAGGAUGCUACAAUCGUGUGUAUGCCCCCACUACCUGCAUUAGGUUGUGAUGACCCACACUGCUUCCAAAUGUAUCUGUGACCCUCCCCAAUCCUGACUCCUAACCUCUAAUCCCUGACCUUUGACCCCCACUAUGGGCAGUGUUGGCAGUGGGGUGGCAGGAGAGCAGGAGUUUGCCAUGAAGUCUGUGGGCACGAGGACCACCCUGCCUCGGGCCCCUCCUCUCUCUCGCCGUUGCCCUGCCGACCGCAGCUGCAGUGCAGAGCGUCUGCCCCGCCCCCCGGCGACAAUAUCAGACGGGACGGCUUCUAGCGAUGAACGAGGGAGUGUUAGUAUCGCGACUGGGACCUGUACCGGGACUGACCGGCCCACCGAAACAGCCUCCUCCACCAACACUGAAUGUACCAUGACCGCCCCGUCCAACAACAACCAGUUGGAGUGCAGCAAUGGAGCUGGCAGGCGAGAGCGGGAGUGGGAGAGGGAGAGGGAGAGGCAGCGGGAGAGGGGAAGAGAUAGGGACCGGGACCGAGACUGGGACAGAGAGAGACUGGAGAGGGAGCGAGAGAGGGAGAGGAACCGGGAGAGGGAACGUGAACGAGUGGAGAGGGAGAGGCUGGAGCGAGAGAGGGAGCGGGAGAGGGAGAGAGCCAGAGAGAGGGAACGAGAGAGGAUCGAGAGAGAGAAGAUAGAGAGGGAGAGGGAGCGAGAGAGGGAACGAGAAAGAGAGAGGGAAAGAGAGAGGCUGGAGAAUGAGAGGAUGGAAAGAGAGAGGGAGAGGGAGAUGCAGACUGCUGGUCUAGAUGUUUGUGGGAACAUCGUGGGCCGAGGAGGGAACGAGAAGAACGUUGUUGGCAUGAACCAACACCAGCACAGAGAGAUGGCGUCCGCCCGAGCUGACAACGAGAACAAUCCAGGUGGACACAACCCUCCAAACCACAACCCGCCCAAGAUCAUGGCCGUGUCUGGAAAACUGGAGCAGGCCAUGCAGAACAACUCAGGCCUCGUUCGUCCCUCUGCCUUCAAGCCAGUUGUUCCCAAGAGCUUCCACUCCAUGCAGAACCUUGUGGGCCAGGCGGGAGGGGCAGGGAGUGAGGGCAAGACCGAGGCAAGGAAUGAAGGGUUCAGUGAGAGCAGAGGAGGCAGGAGAGGCAGGGACGUGGCAGGAGGAGAAGCAGGAGAGGUCCCAGAGGCCCUGCUCCUGGACCAGGACAGUCCGGUGAGGGUCAGCAGAAGUGAGGGUGGGGGAAAUGGUAAUGAAGUUGUUCAGGGAGGGAUGUCUGACUCAGGGAGGAACUCCCUGACCAGCUUGCCCACCUAUACGGGCUCAGGGUCUGGUUGUGGGCCUCCAGCGGUCCUGGGGCCUCUCAGUGCUUCCACCAGCCACAUCAACAGGCUGGGCAUGGCCGGGGCAGCAGCGGGGCUGGACAAGCUGGAGAAGCCUGGAUAUCAGAACGGGCUCAGCGCAUCAGACAGCGGCCGGUCCUCCUCAGGAAAGAGCUCCACAUCCUACCAGAGACUGAGUCACCUGAGUGAUGCCCCAGCACCUCUACGCCCCUCCCCGUCCUCUGAUGACAUCAUUCAGGACCUCGAGGACCGCUUGUGGGAGAAAGAGCAAGAGGUGCAGCACAUGCGCAGAAACCUGGACCAGAGUGAGGCAGCCAUCAUUCAGGUGUUUGAGGAGAAGCAGCGUGUCUGGGAGAGACAGAUGGACGAGCUGAGACAGAACUAUGCCUCACGCCUGCAGCAGGUUACCCGCCGUGCUCAGCGCUCCCAGACUGCCCUGCAAGCCCAGAUAACCCGUCUGUCCCAGGACAAGAGGAGGCUGCAGGAGGAAAUGGCAGCUCUGUUGGCCCAGAGAGAGGAGCUGGAGAGAAAGUGUUUAGACUACAGGAAGGAGCAGGCUGACAUCUUGCCUCGUCUGGAGGAGACCAAGUGGGAGGUGUGUCAGAAGGCAGGAGAGAUCUCCCUGCUGAAGCAGCAGCUGAGGGAGAGUCAGGCUGAAGUGACCCAGCGAGCCGGGGAGAUGGUGGCCCUGAGAGGUCAGCUGAAGGAGCUCAACGCCCAGCUGAGAGAGCGCGAGGAGGCCAUGCUGGGACUGAAGGACUCCUACAGCACCAAGAGUCUGGAGCUGGAGAAGUGUGAGGGAGAGCUGAGGAGGACUCUGUCAGAGGUUUCUGCUCUGAGAGAGAAGCUGGGUGUUUUCGAGGCAGAGGUGCUCAGUUUGAAGCGGGCUCUUAAUGAAGUGAGCAGAGGAGCAGAAGUUGUCGUGAGCCCGAACUUAGCUGCAGCAGGACUGUUGCCUCCCUGGGGAGCUGUCCACUGCCCACGAAACCCCUCUGAUUCCUCAACCAACUCCCUCACCCCGACAUCUGACACCUUGCUGAGUCUUCAGAGUGAUGAAGCCAAAGCCCAAAGGCAGGAGGCUCAGAGACAGGAGAGGCAGCGCGAAGAAGCUCAAUGGCGGGACGCACAGCAGCGACAAGACGCCCACAUGCAGCAGGACAUGAGGAUGCGUCAGGACGCCCAAAUCAGACCAGAAGCCCAACUGCGCCAGGAGGCCCAGCACCGUCAGGAGGCUCAUCUCCGCCAUGAAGCCCAAAUACGUCAAGACGCUCAACUACGCCAAGAAGCACAGCUGCGUCAAGAUGUGCAGCUCCGCCAGGAAGCCCAACUGCGCCAGGAGGCUCAUCUCCGUCAGGAGGCCCAGCUCUGCCAUGAAGCUCAAAUGCGUCAGGAGGCCCAGCUACGACACGAGGCACAACUUUGUCAGGAGGCCCAACUGCGUCAGGAUGGCCACCAGCCACAGAGAGGACAAGACGGUCACUGGGACGAAGCAGGGGAGCUGCGGAGGCAACUGGAGCAACUUCAGGCUGCUCUGCGCCUCGAGCGGCAGCAACGGGAACGGCAGGCCCUCAACUUUGACCAGGAGCGACACACCUGGCAGGACGAGAAGGAGCGGGUUUUAAAAUACCAGGCACAGCUGCAGCUCAGCUAUGUAGAGACUCUGCAGAAGAACCAAGCUUUGGAAAAACGUAUGAGCCAGCUCUCAGUCAAACCAACCUCAACGUCCACCACCACCACUGUAACCAUGACAACCACCACCUCCCCUACCUCGUCCAAUUCUCCACCCCCACCUCCAGCCCUCUCACCUCUCUCUCCUCAGCCCGUGCCCUCCAUCACUGGCCCCAUUGCCCUCACCAUCUCCCCACCUUGUGAGGACCAGAAAGGUCCUCCCUCUCUUCACCAGCUUGCUCCUCCCUGGGCGGGACCCUCACGCCUGGAGAGGAUAGAGUCCACUGAGAUAUAAACACAAAUGUCCCAGCUUAAUCCACUCACAGUGACAAGGCCUCUCAUAUAACACCACUACAGCAUACAAGUGAACAGCAUUCAGACUACAUAGAAUAAAUCAGAACAGUCUGACAUACUUUUCAAAGCAACCACAGACACUAAACAUCACCAGAGGCCGACUGCGAAAUACAACAUUACCAGUAACAAGCAGAUCAUACUAACGGAAAGUUGAAAUGCAUUAAGUCCAUCGAUGAUUGUUUAACCUCCUGAGCAGCCUUUCUCUUACUAGUUGCACACCACUACAUCCUGCAGAAUCAGUGUUCAUGAAAAGUGUGCCACACUGAAGGAUGGCAGAAAAACGAAACCUUAAAUGACAAUGUUUAGAUAACAGCACUAAUACAGGGGUCAUUUAUCUUGAUAACGUGAUACCCACGCUAGAAAAGGACCAAGACAAUCAGGGAUAUUGUCAGAAAUGAUCAACAAGACUAUUAUGCGGUAUUUAUUCAUUGUAAGUCUUUGUCACUGGUAAUGUAAAAGUAGAAUUAGUGGUCGGAGUGUGUGAUGUUACCUUGCAUUUUUGGCCGGAGAGCGCCUUACUCCAUCCUUCCCAGCAUGUAUAUGAGAAUAACAAACACUGGGAAAUAGAAGAAAAAAAUUAUCAAGAGUGUGAUUAUCAUUUUCAGUGCUUUAAUUAUGAUAUGAGUAAACCAGUUACAAAGAAUCAUCACACAUGGCUGGACUAUUUUAAUUUAAAACCCAGCAGAUAUCGAUGUUACAGGUCACACAGACUGAUUCUUGAUUUCAAGUCAUUUCAUGCACAGGGUCCAACAUGCAUGACUCAUUGAAACACAUCAUUUAGAGCAACAGAGUUUAUAUUUUGUACAAACUGAAUUAAAUAGAUACGUUUAGCAGAUAAUCAACCCCAAAUGAAUAUAGAAAAGGUUUUAAGAUGAUGGGAGAUCCUGGUUUGCCUUCACUGCAGAUUGCCUGCAGUGACUAAAACCAACCACUAGAGGUCAUUAGAGAGCUGCAGACUCAACUUUCCUCUCGCUGGGCUGCAAGGAGAACGUGAAUGAAAGCACACAAUUUGAAUUUAAAUAUUAUGACAAUUGUGUCAUUCACUUUGUGCAUUUACAGCCAAGAAAUUGGAGAAUCAGUCCGAUAUUUCCAAAGUUUAAACAAAUUAUAGAAUGUAUGAUAUACUAGAAAGAAUACUUAAUAUAGUUAUAGAUUGUAAAUGUGUGUUUGAGUGUGUGUGAGAGACUGAGUGAGUGUGUGCAUGUGUGUAUACAUAUGAAAAGCUUCAGCUUAUGAGAUUGAGGAUAGAGGGACUAGUGGCAAUACAGCAAGGGAAGAUACGUAUAUUAAGUGCAAAGGGAUUUUUUUUUUGUGGGUUGGGGUGUAAGUUGGAUGUUCAUCAAAACUUGACACAUGGAUAAUGAGACUGAAAAGUAAAACUGAGGGAGUCUGUAUAUCCUUAAAACUCUUACUUUCUUCUGUAUAGUUCAUUUAGACAAAGCAGGGGGGAGGAAGUUUUAAAAAAAAUCAAAAACAGAGGAGAGUCUGCUCUUUAAGGAAGCAUUCAGGCUAACUGCACUAUGUAGUGUUACACACAAGUUAUGAUGUACAGUAGACUCAGAUGUGAAUAUCAUGGCUUUUAUAUGUGUUGUUUAUGCCAGCAUACAAAGAUGUUGCUCAAGAAUAUUAUCUUAUCUCUAAGGUAUUACAUAGUAUUAUCAUCUUUAUUACUGUUAUUAUAUUAUGGUGAACUGACAGAGAAAAUAUGUGCCAUUUGAGCUUUCCUUUAUGUGUUUUUUUAAAACUGUGUAGAUAGCCUAUUGGCCUACCAUGAUGGUGCAAUCAUAGCAACCCUGUCCCAAAAGAUGAUGUUCCUUUUGAUGUAGGUGAUAAAUGUAGUUACAGUAUUGCAUUAUUUAGAGAACAAAAUGCUACGGAUUUUAUACAUGUUUCAACUUUAUUGUUUGCAUUUAUGUUUCUAGUACUGUUCUGGCUUGAUUAAAACCACCCCUUUGUUAAAUCAGCAGAAUUAAUAAAGAUAUGCGAAUAAUUCAGG